AUGGCGCCUCCGUUUGAAUCUGGAGGUUCUGCUUUUGAUACCAGACCCUUUAACUCCCAGGCUGAACGGAGCUGUCUCGUAUAUAAAGAUGGCAACUCCUUCGUCAACUUCUCAUGCAACUGCAACAAUCAUCAAAGCAGCAAACAAUCCAGACAUAUCUACAGCAUCUUUACAUUCCUGUUGGCAAAAUACCACCCUUCUACUCAGUCUUCUCUCAUCUGGUUAAACAUCCUUAUUGAUUACCUUCCUUCCAGUCACCACCACCUUACAUUCUCCACAAUGGACAAGUGUACUCUAGAGACCUGUCCCAUAACGGAGAGUAUCUACCAGUACAAGCCCUCGCUGGCCGGCAAUGCUGCACUCCUCGCCAUCUUUGCCGCCUCCGGCAUUGUCCACUGUCUACAGUACUUCUUUUUCAGAAACGGUUCUUACUCCAUCCCCAUGAUCCUGGGAUGUCUGACUGAAGUUAUCGGAUACGUCGGUCGUGUUCUCCUCGCCGAUGACCCUUUCAGCCAGAAUGGUUUCCUCAUUCAGAUCUGCUGUCUUACUCUCGCUCCUGCUUUCUUCUCGGCAUCGAUUUACUUCUGUCUCGCUGAUAUCGUCCGCCUCUUUGGUGAGGAAGCAUCAUGGAUCAAACCACAACAUUAUGCCUGGAUCUUCAUUCCUUGUGAUCUUGUCAGCUUGAUUCUUCAGGGUACCGGUGGUGGUCUGGCCUCGGUUGCCGCCGAUAAGGGCACAGACCAGGCACCCGGAACAAACACUAUGAUUGCCGGCUUGGCUUUCCAGGUCAUCACCCUCGUCGUCUUCAUCUUCCUUACCCUUGGAUUCAUUAUCCGUACGAUGAAGUCCCGAGCUCUUCAAGAGAAGGAAAUGGGUGCCCGACCAAAGCUUCCAAUCAGCCGUGAUCGACUGGUGACUUUCGCCGUUCCAUUUACUGUCGCCAUCGUCACUAUCUUCACUCGUUGCGUCUACCGAGUUGCUGAACUGAGUGGGGGUUGGGAGGGAGACCUGAUUCACGAAGAGGUCACCUUUGUUAUCCUCGAGGGAGUGUAA